AUGCGUCUUUUCGGAGUUCUAGCAGGGCUCGUACUCUCAGGUGCUUUUGCCAGUGCUGAUUCUGAGAAAACCUUCGACGGAAUGGAGGUUGUCGAUGCCAAGUGGAAUUUUACACUCACGCCCGGUGGUCAGGCUGUGCAACUUACAGGCACUAUUCAACAGGUCUACCCUCGGCUUCUUGAGCUUAACCCUACCUAUGAGGCAGACUGGGCUGGAAGCAGGGAGGAUAAUGUGGAGUAUGACAACAUUCUUCCUGAAGACGAGGAUGAUGGAGAGACAGAAAACCCUGCUGGCGCCCUGUCGGCUAGAGCUUGGAAACUUGGACGUCUUGACCUAACUCCAAAAACCCAUCUUAAUCGCUGGUAUUGGGCUAUGUGGCAACGGGCCAUCCCUAGAUGCAGAGUUAGAAGUUGGGCUCAAUGCAAACCCAUCAGGGAGGGAAUAGACCACUUGUUUAAGGCCGCGGGAACGCCAGUGGUUGGUGCAGGGAAAUGCAGCCAAAUCAGCUGUGCGAACAACUCUGCUAUCAUCUGGUGCAAUGUAGCUCAAGAGGAUCGGAUUUUGCCCCAAUAUAACCUAAUUGCUCUAGGCGCCCAAAUUAUCUGGGAGCAGUGCCGGGAGAAGGAAGGAAGGAUGUACGAAAAGCGUGGGCGACGGUGCUAUAUCCGUGGGAGAAUCUAUCCCUGGUGGAACCAGUGGUUUGUCCAGAUUCUUGGGGUGAAAUCCUGCUACUAA